AUGGUGGAUAUGCAAGAUUGGAUGGCUAAAAGUUUUUGGAGGAAUAAUAAUAUUGGUUAUUCUUUCUCAAAUUCGGUGGGUAGGUCGGGAGGGCUAUUAACGUUAUGGAAGAAUGAGAAUUUGGAGGUGGUGUCUAGUUUCAAAGGUGAGGGAUAUCUCGGUAUCAAGUUUAUGAAAUCCAAUAGGUUUUUUUACUUGGUUAAUAUUUAUUCAUCGUGUGAGUUGCCUAAGAAGAGAGAUUUGUGGAGGAGGAUUUUGGAGUUGAAGGAGGCGCAUAAGGAUGGAGAAUGGAUUUUAGGGGGAGACUUUAAUGCUACAAAGAAUCGUUCGGAGAGAAGAGGUAGAGGUAUGAAUUCUAAUUCUAGUGUAAAUUCCGUUGAGAUGAAUGAAUUUGUGGAAUUUAUUGACGAGAGUUUGUUGGUGUAUGUUCCUUGCAAAGGAAAGAAGUUCACAUGGUAUAACAGAGGGGGAAACUCGAUGAGUAGGAUUGAUAGAUUUCUCCUUUCGGAGAAUGUCAGGAACGAUUGGGGAGUGGUGGGGCAAUUUGUGGGUAACCGUGAUAUUUCCGACCAUUGCCCUAUAUGGUUAGAAGUUGAUAAUAAUGAUUGGGGUCCAAAACCGUUCAAAUUUAACAAUGAAUGGUUUUCUUUAGCUUCGUUUUAUCCCUUUGUUGAAAAGGAGUGGAAUGAUAUUAAGGUGGAAGGGAGAGGAGAUUAUGUUUUGAAAGAGAAACUUUUCCGUUUGAAGAAUAGAUUAAAGUGGUGGAAUAAAGAGGUGUUUGGCAAGAUUGAGUUGGAAAUAGAGGAAGGAGUGAGAGACAUUAAUUUUGGUGAUGAUAGGUUGGAAGUGGAAGCGGAAGAUCUUCACCCCGAAAUAAUUAAAGGGAGAAAGGAGGCAACUAGUAGAUUUUGGACAAGGUUGAGAAUCAAAGAGAAUAUGAUUGUUCAAAAAUCUAGAUUGAGAUGGCUUAAGGAGGGGGAUUCCAAUAGCGGCCUUUUUAGCUUUGAUUCCGAAAGGUUCAAGUCCGUUAUGUUUGGAUGA